AUGAUAAAAAUACUCAACCCUCAUCACUCGCACCAUUCUCCCUCAACCACAACAACUCUUAAAACCGCUGAGAUCUUGUCCAAAUAUAGACCCAUUGCUCCUAAGCCAGGGACGCCUCAAGUAAACGAUAAUGACCCUUCUUCGUCUAUGUCUCACAAGAUUAGCCAGUCUCCUUACCUUCGUAACCUCUGGCCGCAGCUUCAAGCUCGUCCUACAAGAACCCGCAAGCGAGGUAGAGGCGGGAUGGGUCCCACGUCUCCUCUUGCCAUGAAGAGACCCAAGUCAUCCGCUUCUGUCACUACACAACGUGUGUUUGGUCCUAUUAAAACGCUGUCCUUUCAGGCUUUCCCUCAUGGGUUACCUAGCCUCACACAGGUUGGGUACGCCUUGGAGAAUGGUGGUGGCUCUUCUGCUUUGGUGACUCUUCCUCUUCUUCAGUGCGCUCCUCCAUCCAAAUGCAUGGAACCAGAAAUCAAAGGAAGAUGUGUCAUUGAUCUUAACAAAAAGGUAGAAGUGAUAGAGGAGAGAGAUUUCUUGAUGCAAUUACAAGGACAACCCAUCACCACAACUACAGCUAAAACCACAAGCAGAGUCAUUGCACCACAGCCUAUUAGGCCAGUUUGCUCAAAGAUCAACGUUGUCUGCAUAAACCCACUAUCCAACGCACCCCCACCAUCUCAUUUCAGGAAGAAAUCAUCUGAAGAUGUCGAAGAGGAAGUGGAAUCCGACGAGUUACCGGCUAUAAUCUCCGAUUCCAACAACAGAGUCAGACUCGUGAACUCCGCAUACAAGGAAAUGAUGGGACAGCCUGAGUGCUCGUGGCUAGAUUCAAUGGUGAGAGGGAAGAGGAUUUGUGGGCAAGUGAUGAUCCAUUUGUGUGAAUCCAAAAUUCCUGAGAAUAAUGGGUUUUCUUGCUGGGUGAGGAUAGAGUGGGGAAGAGACGGUAAGGAGGAGUUUGUGCACGCCUUCUGCGAUGUCAUGAAACUUGUGUGCGACUCUAAAGAUUAUGUCUUCACUUGGAGGUUCCACAUAAACAAAUAA